UUUGGUGCUGGGAGGCGGGCCGCAGGGUUGCUGUUGGCGCCGCCGCCUCUCUGGGUCUGGCCGACUCACGUGACCGACGCGGGCUCUGAAGCGGUGGGCCGCACGGAGGCGGCGGUGGCUACUGCAGCCCGGGAGGUAGCGGCCUGGCGAGGGACUGGCAGGCUGCCCUCUCGGACGGCCGCGGCGGAGGACAAAAAUGGCGGAGGCUUCGGCGGCCGGGGCGGAUUCGGGCGCCGCUGUAGCCGCCCACCGGUUUUUCUGCCACUUUUGCAAGGGCGAGGUCAGCCCCAAACUACCGGAAUAUAUUUGUCCCAGAUGUGAAUCAGGCUUUAUUGAAGAAGUGACAGAUGAUUCCAGUUUUUUAGGUGGUGGCGGCAGUCGGAUAGACAAUAGCACAACAACACAUUUUGCAGAGCUUUGGGGCCAUUUGGAUCACACGAUGUUUUUUCAAGAUUUUAGACCAUUUCUAAGUGGCAAUCCACUGGACCAAGAUAAUAGAGCCAAUGAAAGGGGUCACCAGACUCACACUGACUUCUGGGGAGCAAGGCCUCCACGGUUACCGUUGGGUCGGAGAUACAGAUCUCGAGGAAGUUCUCGUCCUGACAGAUCUCCAGCUAUUGAAGGAAUACUACAACACAUCUUUGCAGGAUUCUUUGCAAAUUCUGCCAUUCCUGGAUCUCCACACCCUUUUUCCUGGAGCGGGAUGCUGCACUCCAACCCUGGGGACUAUGCCUGGGGUCAGACAGGGCUUGAUGCCAUUGUAACCCAGCUUUUAGGACAACUGGAAAACACAGGCCCUCCCCCAGCUGACAAGGAAAAGAUCACAUCUCUUCCAACAGUGACAGUAACUCAGGAACAAGUUGAUAUGGGUUUAGAGUGUCCAGUAUGCAAAGAAGAUUACACAGUUGAAGAGGAAGUCCGGCAGUUACCUUGCAAUCACUUCUUUCACAGCAGUUGUAUUGUGCCAUGGCUGGAACUGCAUGACACAUGUCCUGUAUGUAGGAAGAGCUUAAAUGGUGAGGACUCUACUCGGCAAAGCCAGAGCUCUGAGGCCUCUGCAAGCAACAGAUUUAGCAAUGACAGUCAGUUACAUGACCGAUGGACUUUCUGAAGCUAAAGACCACACCUGAAUCUGGGCUGUGGCUGGAGCACAGUGACACAAUCUCAGCUCACCACAGCCUCGACCUCCCAGGCUCAAGUGAUCCUCCCACCUCAGCCUCCCAAGUGGCUGGGACUACAGGCAUGUGCCACCAUGCCUGGGUAAUUUUUGUAUUUGUAUAGAGAUAGGGUUUUGCCUUGUUGCCCAGGCUGGUCUCAAACUCCUGGGCUCAAGUGAUCUGCCUGCCUCAACCUCUCAAAGUGCUCAACUCAUUGUUUACUGUCUUUUUUCCUAGUAAUCUUAAAAUAAUUUGCCUCACAGAAAUAGAGGCAGUGAGCGUCUGCAGCCAGUUCACUGUUUUUGGUAAUUCAUUGGUCUUCAGGAGUUAAGAUUUUACAUUGUCACAUUUUAAUUUUUAAGCCUAUUUUUCAUCUCUGAAACUUUCCUUUUCUGCUUGGUUCUCUGGCUAUACUUGGACUCAAACUGAUCAGUGUGAUCAUGUCCAAAACAGCUUGGCCUGGGAGAGGUAGGCCUUAUUUUUUCAGCCUAGUAGCGUCACAUGCACAUGCUCUUUGUAGCAUUCAAGUGUUUAACAUUGAAUACAGUAAGGUCAAGAAUGUUGUUGAAACUUCAAGGUCUCAAAAGGAAAUGAUGGGGACAUAGAACAACUAUUGGUGUACCAAAAAAAGGUACAGAGGGGCACCAUUUGUGUUGUCACAUCAGCCUUGUAUAGUUUAGAAUGAUCAGAACAAAAACACCACUCUUUAGUGGGUCUCUUUCUUGGCUAGGAGUCUUUCCUCAGUUUUUGUUGACUAUCAUACACUGAUUUGUGGGUGACAGAAGGGGGCUAGAGAUACUUUUUUCUGUACUUUGGUAGAGGAUGAAGGAGUCAGAGAGGGAAAAGAAAAAGUGAGAGAGUGGCCUGCUGAAAUAAUAGCCUGCCUCUAAAAGUUGUGACCAGAAAGUAUGAUUCAUUUGGGCCCAGAGGGAAUAAAAUAUGUUUUUUCAUAUAUCUCC